CUGUCCAUCAGCUGUUUGUGAAAAGAAAAUGCAUUUGGCAUUCCAUUUCAGAGAUAAUUAAAAAUCAAUUACAGCAGCAGCAGCAGAGCAAGUGGCCACCGAAAAGAGUGCAUAGGAGAGGGUAAACAACUCGCUGCAUCCAAACGGCACAUUUAGGACAAAGUGUGCCAACGCCACAACGCCCCCACCCAGAAGUCCAUAGAAACGCCAGCGGAAGUGGGAUAGAGACGGGGACCACGCUCCACUGACCGCACCGCGCACCGCUCGCUGACCACGCCCACUGACGCAAGAUGCACCUCAGCGCGGAUAUUUCCAGCGCCCUUCAGCAGAUCGAGGCAGUGAAGAAGGGCAUCGAUGAGUCCGACGACCCCAAGCUGCAAAUGCAGACGGCCGAGAGCCUUAGCACCAUUCUGGGCAUUCUGCAGGAUCCCGUUUUCCGCACCAUCGUCCACGUGCAGGACUCGUUGUCCGAGCUGAACGCCCAGCUGGCUCAGCAUCCGUCCAUGUUGCCCAACGACUUCGACAUCGAUGUGGCCGGCAACCUUGUACUCAGUCUGAAUGGUGGCGAGGUGAUGUACGACUUUGACGAACAGCGCUCUUCCUCGCACUCCCAUUCGGCUCCGGGCAGUCCAGAUAAGUCCGGAGGCGUCGGCGAGGAGCCGCGCCCGCAGAGCCAGAACUCCAAAGGAGCCGGAGUGGCGGAUCUCUACGCCACGGACUACGCUCAGAUCCAGGCCAUAGAGCUGGUCAACGACGGCACGGGUCUCGGAUUCGGUAUUAUUGGAGCUCGCAACUCGGGAGUGAUUGUAAAAACCAUCCUGCCGGGUGGCGUGGCCGAUAAGGACGGACGCUUGCGCUCGGGCGACCACAUCCUCCAGAUUGGAGACGUCAACCUGCACGAAAUGGUAUCCGAACAGGUGGCUGCCGUGCUGAGACAGUCUGGAACCCACGUCCGCCUAGUGGUUGCCCGUCCCGUUGAGCAGAGCGUGCCUACGCCCCAGUACGCCCUGGAACCGGGCACUGCUGUGGUGCCCACGCGCGUCCUCGUCGAUCCUGCCGAGCUGGAGCGGUACCUCAUAUCUACCGGCUAUCCGGAAAUCUUUGGCGAGAGCUCCACGGCCUCCACUCCGCAGACCACCACGGAAGACGAUCGUUUCGUUUAUCGCGGCGAGACAUCAAUGCUUAUUGAUCCAAACAUCGACCUAGAGGAAUUGCUUGCCCUUCCUGAAACGGAGAAGCUUCAGGUGGAGCUGAAGAAGGAUGCCAACGGCCUGGGCAUCACAAUUGCCGGCUAUGUGUGUGAGAAAGAAGAGCUGUCUGGCAUUUUCGUAAAGAGCGUGUCGCCCGGUUCAGCAGCGGACCUGAGUGGUCGCAUCCGGGUCAACGAUCGCAUCAUUGAAGUUGACGGCCAGUCGCUACAAGGCUACUCCAACCACCAGGCCGUAGAGCUGCUUAAGAAGUCUGGUCAGGUGGUGAACCUGCGCUUGGAACGCUACCUGAGGGGCCCCAAAUUCGAGCAGCUGCAGCAGGCUAUCGCUGCGAAUGACAAGCUUCCAUCCAGUGCACCUGGAACGCCUUCAAGGGCUCCCAUGCCCACGCCCGUGGCCACAACGUCCUCCGCCACAACUACACCAUCACGCAGCAUCACUCGCGAGUUGGAAGAGGAAGCCUUACCAGCGCCAGAAGCAUUCAUGACCACUCCGCCGUCGGUCACCACAAUGACCACCACCACAUUAAGCUCCUUUGGAGCGGGUAAGCAACUAGUAGCAGUAAGGGACUCCCUAGACGGCUCCACGAAGAUCAUACCCACGGAAGUUGUACCCUUGGCGGAUAAAACGGAGGCCAAGAACAGCGGGGUGAUCACCCGUCACAAGUACUACACCGAUCCGGAACUGUCCGACGACGCCGAAACCGAAAUUAUUCGCAAAUGGCAGAAGAUUGUGGGCUCCGAUGUGGAGGUGAUUGUGGCCCAGAUCAAGAAGUUCGCGGUCGGAGGCUUGGGGAUUUCCUUGGAGGGAACCGUGGACGUAGAAGGAGGGCGCGAGGUACGACCCCAUCACUAUAUUCGUUCAAUCUUACCUGAUGGACCCGUUGGCGUGAAUGGAGUACUCCGCUCUGGCGAUGAAUUGCUGGAGGUAAACGGCGAGCGGUUGCUGGGUAUGAACCACCUGGAGGUGGUGGCUAUACUUAAGGAACUGCCGUUGGAUGUGCGCAUGGUUUGCGGUCGCAACAGGAACAGCUCGCUUCUCCCAUUCUCUGAUGACACCCUGAAAAAGCUAAGCAACAACUUUGAGAACCUGCUGCCUGCUACCGAUCGUCUGGUGAAGGCCAAAUCAGAUGGUAGUCUGGCCACCGCGGGCUCCGUGGCCGAUGGAGAUUCAGUGGCUGCCGCCGCUGCUUCGUUUAGUAAGCUGAAGUCGCGCUCCCUGGAGCCACUAACCGGAUUGGCUAUGUGGUCGUCCCAACCGCAAAUUAUCGAGCUGGUCAAGGGCGAUCGCGGUCUGGGCUUCUCUAUUCUGGAUUAUCAAGAUCCGUUGGAUCCCAACGAUACGCUGAUUGUAAUCCGUUCUCUGGUCCCUGGAGGGGUGGCUCAAUUGGACGGACGCCUUAUACCCGGAGAUCGACUUUUGUUUGUGAACUCCAUUAACCUGGAGAACGCCUCGCUGGAUCAGGCAGUGCAGGCUUUGAAGGGUGCUUCGAAAGGAGUGGUGCGCAUUGGUGUGGCCAAACCACUGCCCAUGACGGACAACUCACUGAAGGCUUGCAGCAAUGCGAGCACCACCAGCGAAGAGACCUUGGACGCCCAGCCAUCGCCUCCAGCCUUGCCCACAGUUGCUCCGCCCGCCAUGCCGCCUAGUGCCUCCAUGGGAGCUGAGCCCGACCUGAUUCCCGACUGGCGGAACUAGGGUGUUACGAUAACGAAGAAUUUCACACAUUCCAGGCAUUUGAAUCUUUAAGCCUGUUUUAAAUCAAAUCAAACGCGGUUGCUAACUAAUGGAUUAGUUAAUCGAUAUUUUCUACGAAUAUGAACAACAGGCAGUAGAAUCUGAAACGAUGUCAGAAACGAUGCCAGAAGUACAGGAGCGAUUGUUAUUACCGAAGCAAAAUGUUAUGCAUAUUAUUAACGCCGAAUUGUGUUUGUCCCCUGAAAACAAGCAUUCCACAAGUAUGCAAUAUAUUAAACCCCCUAGUAUUAGCAAAUGAAUUUUAACAUGGUAUUUCCAGAGUGUAUGUACUUAAACUAAAUUAAAUAAUGUACCUUCCGU